AUGGUUCCAAAGGCCGCCACUGGUGACUGGCGCCCCUGCGGUGAUUUCAGGGCCCUGAACAACGUUACUGUCCCGGACCGCUAUCCUGUCCCACAUCUUAAGGAUUUUGCCGGUGCCCUAUUCGGCAAGUCUGUAUUCUCGAAGAUCGAUCUGGUCCGUGCUUUCCACCAAAUUCCCAAAGCCCCAGAGGACGUUUCGAAGACGGCCGUUACCACCCCCUUUGGCCUCUUUGAGUUCCUGCGCAUGCCGUUUGGACUUCGCAACGCCUCCCAGACCUUCCAAAGGUUUGUAGACAGAGUGCUUCGCGGCUUACCAUUUGUCUACGCCUAUAUCGACGACCUUCUGGUAGCCAGCUCCACCACCGAAGAACACAUGGAACAUCUUACAACGGUGUUUGACCGCCUUCAACAAUUUGGCGUUGUCCUCAACCCGUCCAAGUGCGUCUUCGGUGUGCCCUCACUAGAAUGUCUCGGUCAUCUGGUCGACUCCCACGGCAUUCGGCCUCUUCCCUCAAAGGUUGCCGCCAUUCGGGACUUUUCACCCCCUACCUCGAAGCGUCAGUUGCAACGGUUUCUUGGUAUGGUGAACUUCUAUCGCCGGUUCCUACCGAACUGUGCUGAUCUCAUGUUGCCGCUCACCAACAUGCUUUCUGGUCCCAAAGGUCCCCUCGAGCUGACUGGUGAAGCACUGACUGCUUUUGAUAGAAUCAAGAAUUCCCUUGCUGAUGCCACCUUACUCACACAUCCCGCUCCCGAAGCUCAGCUGUCUCUGAUAGUAGAUGCUUCGACCGUAGCCGUAGGUGCAGUCCUUCAACAACACCUUGCUGGUUCGACUCAACCACUUGCCUUUUUCUCCAAAAAGCUCUUACCAGCUGAGACACGCUACAGUACCUCUGGCCGUGAACUACUUGCCAUUUACCUGGCUGUGAAGCAUUUCCGGCAUUCCCUUGAAGGUCGUGACUUCACCGUUUUCACUGACCACAAACCGUUGACUUUUGCACUUCGUUCCCACACUGACAAACUAAACCCCCGGGAAAUCCGCCAACUGGACUACAUCUCACAGUUUACCUCAGAUAUCCGCCACAUCGACGGGUCACGCAAUGAGGUGGCUGACGCACUGUCCAGGCCCUCCAUUGCUCAUCUUCAGCUUUCACCCGGGAUAGACCUCGCUGAGAUGGCCGCUGAACAACGCCGUGUCGGUCCACCCUGUGAUGAGGAUGUUUCCGGACUCCAGCUUCAGGAAUUACCACUGACAACUGGCAACGGCACCAUCUUAUGCGACGUAUCCACCCCUUCCCAUCGUCCAUUUGUGCCACCAUCUCUCCGCCGCAAAGUUUUCUCCUCCCUGCACAAUCUGUCUCACCCUGGGAGUCGAGCAACCGACAAGCUGGUUUCCGACCGCUUCGUCUGGCCUGGUAUGCACAAGGACCUCAAGGCAUGGACACGGGCUUGUAGUGCCUGUCAACGGAGCAAGAUCCAGCGGCACAACAAGGCCCCCAUUGGCACCUUCCCUGGCCCUGGUUCAAGGUCCAGCCACGUUCACCUGGACAUUUUAGGCCCCCUGCCUCUGUCCAAUGGUUGUUCCUAUCUCCUCACCUGUGUGGAUCGGUUCACUCGGUGGCCUGAAGCAAUUCCCCUGCCUGACAUUGCUGCUCCAACGGUGGUCAAGGCUCUUCUCAGUCGUUGGGUUGCUAUCUUUGGUGCACCCUCCACAAUCAUGACUGACCGUGGUGCCCAGUUUGAGUCUAAUCUCUUCCAGUCUUUACUCUCCUUUUUAGGCUGUACUCGCAUCCGCACUACAGCCUAUCAUCUGGCAGCCAACGGGAUGGUCGAGCGGUUUCACCGCCAGCUGAAAGCCUCCCUACGAGCCGCGGCCGAUCUGGAGAACUGGACGGACCACCUUCCCCUGGUCCUCUUGGGCAUCCGCUCCGCUCUGAAGCCGGACCUUGAUUGUUCCGCAGCUGAACUGGUGUUCGGUGCCACCGUCCGACUCCCCGGUGAGAUGAUCUCGCUAACCCCGCAAGGUGCAGUUGAGGAUCCCACCAACCCCCUGCAUCGCCUCCGGCAGUUUAUGCGGACACUUUCCCCGGUUCCUCCCAGGUCCUCCGCCUCUCCGUCUUAUCUCGAGAAAGACUUGGCGACAUGCUCUCACGUCUAUCUCCGAUGUGAUCGAGUCCGCCGGCCCCUGGAACCACCCUACGAUGGCCCCUUCCGAGUUAUCUCUCGUGGGACGAAGAACUUCCGCAUCCAACGCGGCACUCGCGAGGAGGUCGUGAGCGUGGACCGUCUCAAAGCUGCCGUCCCGGACAUUCCUCCGGAUGAGCCCUGUGGUCCCCUACCCCCUGCUCCGCCUCCCCGACCCUCUAUCCCUCCGUCCCGUAUAUUUCCUCUGCCCUCAUGUCCGCAACCCACAACUGCAACUUCCCCUUCAUCAACCAACAACACUGUAACCGCGAGCCAUACUCACUCUACUCCUGUGCCCCUGUAUAUAUCACCCGUAGUGGACGCCAUGUUCAUUUUCCUGACCGUUUAG